ACUCAUCCAAAAGGAAAAGAAAACUUGUUCUGAUUCCCGACGCACUCGCCCCUCCCUGCGUCCACCCAAAGCAAUCCUCCCUCCUUCCUUCUUCCUUUUCACACAGUUCCAGAUUUCGUUUCCUCAUCGCACCCUCCGACCGUCGCUGCCGACGCUUCUCCCGAAGAUCCGGCCGCCGCGCAGAGCUCGUCGUGAAUGGCUGACUGGGGCCCGGUGCUGAUCGGGGUGGUGCUGUUCGUGCUGCUGCAGCCGGGGCUCCUGUUCCAAUUGCCGGGGCACCACCGGAUUCUGGACUGCGGGGGCAUGAAGACCAACGGCAAGUCCAUCGCCGUCCACACCCUCAUCUUCUUCACCCUCUACACCAUCCUCAUCCUCGCCGUUCACGUCCAUGUCUACGCCGGCUGAUCUCGACUUGGUGAUGAACAGUUCCUUCCUUCUUUCUUUCUUUCUUUUUUUUCCUUCCUCGUUUCCGAUUCUUCAUUUCCAACUUCUGCUUUUUGGUGGGAUGUGACGGUUUUCUUUUCCUUUUCAAGAAAUGUUAUUGCUUUCUGGGUAACUGAGGUGCUUCGGCGAAGUCUUUUUUGGACAAUGUGUAAAGAGCCGAUGUAAUCACAGCCGUCGGAUUAUUGACAAACCUUAACGGGUGUCACGUGAUUGACGACUGUGAUUAACGGUUGCGAUUCAAUACGUAGUGUGCAAAUUCUUUUACCUUGUUGGUUGGCUUGUUGCCAAUUGAAUUAUCUUGUGAUAAUGGGAAGUUUUACAAACUGAUCUAAGCGAUUAUCUCACAGUUCU